GAAACGAAAAAGUUGGGUUUAGAUUACAGUUUGAAAAGCAAAUUGAUUUCCUCCUUUAUCUUGCAAUCUUUCGGAUCCCCAGAAAUAAAAACCCUAAAUUUGAUUGACCGAGAUAGAGAAGCGCCGAGGAUUCAAGGGUCUGGGUCUGGGAUAUGGAAGUUGAUGUUUCCAUUUAUCAACAUCUAAAACUCUCCCUUUUCGAUUCACAUAUGCGUUAGCUUUUCAAGGCGCGUCUCUUUCUAAUUCCAAAAUUAUUGGAUUUUUGGCUCGAAUCAUGAAGGUCAUGAUUUCUCUACUUCUUUUCUGCUUCCUCUCUUUAACGUCUGCCCAAGUAGCUUUUGGUAACGUCGUUAUCAUCGGCCCCAAUGUGACUCGCACCUUUGAGGACUACGAAGCAAUCUUUGCUCCAUCUGUGAAAGGUUCGGGAGAAUAUGGCAAACUGUAUUUAGCAGAGCCUUUGGAUGCUUGUUCCAACUUGACUAACAAAGUUAAUGGGACAGGGAAAGACACCUUACUCUCAUUUGCAUUGAUUGUCAGGGGAGUAUGCAGUUUUGAAGGUAAAGUAAGAAAAGCUCAGCAAGCAGGCUUCAAAGCGGCAAUUAUAUUUGACAAUGUGGAUGGUGAUCUUGUUGCAAUGGCAGGAAACUCGGCUGGAAUAAAAAUCCGAGCGAUGUUUAUAUCGAAGGUGUCUGGUGAAAUACUUGUCAAAUAUGCGGGUGGUGAUAGGAAUUUGAAAGUUUGGAUUGUUCCAAACUUUGAGAACUCGGCUUGGUCCAUAAUGGCUAUAUCUUUCAUUUCCUUACUAGCAAUGUCUGCUGUAUUGGCUACUUGUUUCUUUGUCAGAAGACACAGAAUAAGACGCCAAAGACCUCUUCGAGCUUCACAAGUUCGAGAGUUUCAUGGGAUGAGCAGUCAUCUAGUGAAAGCAAUGCCUAGCCUAAUAUUUACAUCCGUUUUAGAUGAUCGUUGCACUUCUAUGACAUGUGCCAUAUGUCUUGAAGACUAUACUGUUGGAGAGAAGCUAAGGAUUCUGCCUUGUCGCCAUAAAUUUCAUGCUUCUUGUGUAGAUAAGUGGCUAACGACAUGGAGAACCUUCUGCCCCGUUUGCAAGCGCGACGCGAGAACAAGCUCGUGGGAUCCACCGCCAUCGGAGCGUACCCCAUUGCUUUCCUCCGGCCCAGUAUCAAUUCCGUCAUCAUCUUCCUCUUCUUUCCGAUCCUCACUCGUAUCUACUCCAUCCAUUCAAAUCUAUCCGGUUCUGCAAAUUCAUUCAGCCUCACCCAUUCCUCAUUCUUCUUACAGAUCGCUAGCCUCUCCACAUUCUUCUGUUGUCUAUUCUCCUUCUUUGUCAUCUCUUAAUUCACGAUAUUUGUCCCCGCCUUCUUAUUAUCCUAGCUCAGUCGGACUCCAUUCAAGUUACAUUCCAUCUUCUAACCGACGCCAUAAUAACAACGCACUUCAUUAUAGUGGAUCUGCUGCCAGUUUUUCACCCUAUGAUUCUGCACAAUCACUUCCCGGGUUUUGAUUUUCGUCAAAUUGGCUUACUUUUCUUGAUUUAGGAAUUUUGCUAAAAUUUAUAGGUGUACAUACAUAAAUUUUCUUGUAUUUUAGUGUUCAGGAGGCAGCUUCAGAGUUGAAAGUUGUGACAGUUUUUUUUUGUUUUGUUUAUUAUUCUCACUAGUAUGUUGUUUUGUUAUCAAAAAAUUUAAAGAGGUCAUUGACUGUA